UAUUCAGUGUAAUCAUAAGUCUUCAUGUCCCUCCCUUAGUACCAAAACCACAAUAUGACUUUCUCAAAACAACUCUUUCUUUACCUCUUUUGCAUCGUCCCUCUUCUACAUGCUUCACACCCAAAACAAUGCUCUUCUUCCUCAUGCGGUCGUGACGAUGUUCAUGUCCGUUUCCCUUUUUGGUUACUCUCGAGACAGCCUGAGUUAUGUGGCCACGCCGGAUUUAAUCUCCAAUGCACAAUCAGUCCCAAGACAGCUCUUAAGCUCCCUAAUUCCGGAACAUUUCUUGUCCGAGAGAUUGACUAUAUAAGGCAGCAGAUUCGUCUCUAUGACCCCGAAAAUUGCCUAGUAAGAAAGCUUUUGACCUUUGACAUAUCGGGAUCUCCUUUCUCUGCUCUCUACCUUGUCAACUACACGUUCUUGAGCUGUCCUAAUGAGGUUGCAAAGUCGUCCGGGUUUGACUCCAUCACAUGUCUAAGCAAUUCAACGACCUCGUUCUUAGCUACAACUAGUUUGGAUCUCGCAAAGUCUAUGCUGCCUUCUUGUCAGAUCGUCAAGACAUUAGCUAUUCCGGUUUCUCGGCCGGUUGUUGUCGAGAAAUCAAGAUUCUCGACUGAUCUCAAGAAUCAAGACCUUUGGUUGAAAUGGGACUUUCCAAGUUGUAGCGAUUGUGAGAAGGAUUACUUGAGAUGUGGAUUCAUAAGUAAUACCUCUCUCCAAGUGAAAUGCUUCCCUUUUGAAAAAUCAGGUAACAAUACGGGACUACAUGUGCUUAAAAUUAUAAUCCUGAGCGUAAUUGGACCGGUCACGAUCUUUGCUACUUGUAUUGCAAUCGGAGUAUGCACCUCCGAAAGAUUCGCUUCCCGGAGACAACGCAACGUGGCGGUCGCUGCCCUGCAGCCAAAUGAGGUUAUAGUAACGACGGGUCUUGACGAGUCUGUAAUAGAAUCAUAUAAGAAAAUGGAAUUAGGAGAGAGUAGAAGAUUACCGGGAACUAAUGAUAUUGUUUGUCCCAUUUGUUUAUCGGAGUAUGCUAGCAAAGAGACCGUGCGAUGCAUACCGGAAUGUGAUCAUUGCUUCCACAUUGAAUGUAUAGAUGCGUGGCUUAAGAUUCAUGGUUCGUGUCCUCUUUGUCGGAAUUCGCCUUCUCCGGUGCGUGAAGCUGUCUGAAUUG